CACCACAAGAAGGCGCUAUUUCAUACCUGAUUAUGGCAGUAAUGUUGUAGUCGAAUGUACCGUAGCGCCACCCCGUCGCCAGAAGCAGAAGCAGACUCAAGCAUCAGUUUAAGCAUCUUCCAGCUCUCUUCAGCUUCACAUCCAGAGCAGCCUUCAACAUGACCAUUAACACAUUCAGUCAGGACGGAGUGCAGAGACAGCAAAUGCCUUGUCUGACUAAGAUGGAGCGCAUGAUCAUAUCCAUGCAGGACCCUGAUAUGGGCAUCAAGUUGCGCAACCAGCGUCUCCUUAUUACGGUCAUACCACACGCAAUGACUGGUGCAGAUAUUUUUGAAUGGCUGAUUAAGAAGUUUUCUAUCUCUGAUGAAGAGGCAUUGCACAUUGGACAAAUCUUUGUGAAGUACGGAUACAUUUACCCUUUAAAAGAGCCCAGAAACCUAAUUCUGAAAGUUGACAAUUCACCUUAUCGCUUCCAGACGCCAUAUUACUGGAUGUCAACACGCUGGCCGGCUUCAGAGCUGGACUAUGCAAUCUACUUGACCAAGAAGAAUAUCCGAAAACAAGGAGAUCUAAUUGAGUAUGAAAAGGAGUGCUAUAAUGCUUUACAUAAACGUAUCAACCACACCUGGGACUUUGUUGUGAUGCAGGCAAGAGAGCAGCUCAGGGCAUCAAAACAGCGUCGCAAAGCAGAUCGUAUAGUGCUGGAGUGUCAGGAGCAAGCUUACUGGCUAGUGAACAGACCUCCUCCGGGGACACUGGACAACAUAGAUCAUGGACCGGAGAGAAGAACCACGAACACACGAGUGCAGCUGAAUGCAGAUUUCUACAAAAAAGAGAUUGAACAUAACAGAAUAAGCCUGGCGAGGAAUCGUGUAAAGUCCUCAAUUUGCCUUGAGAGUUACGUUAAGUACUGUGAGCAGUACCAGCCCCAUGACCCCAUAAUGCAAGGAUGUCUUCCCAGCAACCCCUGGAUCACAGAUGAUAUCAUGUUUUGGAACAUGAACUGUGAAACAGUUUCCGUGCAGACUAAACUGCGUGUGGAGCGCUGGAGCUUCAGCUUCAUGGAGCUACUGAGUGACCCAGUGGGCAGAAAAGAGUUUCUCACUUAUUUGGAGAAAGAAUUCAGCGCGGAGAACUUGUGUUUCUGGCAGGCCUGUGAGGACGUCCGUCACGGAGAGACCUCAAAGAUUCCAGGGAAAGUGGAUGAGGUUUACAAGCAGUUCCUGGCUCCUGGUGCAAGUCGCUGGGUCAAUAUAGACAGCAAGACCAUGGAAAAGACCUUAGAAGGAUUCAAGCGGCCUCAUCGUUUUGUCUUGGAUGAUGCUCAAAUGCACAUUUACUUCCUCAUGAAGAAGGAUUCAUACCCUCGUUAUCUCAAAUCUGACCUCUACAAGAACUUAUUAGCCAGAGCCGUAGUACCACAGGAGACCAAGAAAAGUGUGUUACCAUUCAUACAUCGCCAGCGUCACUCCAGCCCCUCACCUGCCCUCGCCACCCAAGCUGCAGAGGAUGAUGGGAAGGCAAAGAACUCUAACUCUUUCAAAAGCAAUUCUGGAACUGCAUCCCGGCUUUAAACAUGUUGUGCUAUGUUACCUAACACAGUUGUAAAUGAAUCUGCAUUGCUUCCUGUUGUGCUUUACAAAACAGAUGUUUCAGAAUAUAACAACAGAUAAUUAUGUAACAAGAAUGCUUGAUUCCUCUGUUCACAUUUCUCUGUAUACUAUCACACAGGAAUACAGCUUUUCAUGCAUUUCAUAAAUACAAUGUAUUUAUAGCAGUAAUGUAAUCAGGCAAUCUUACUCACUUUCAGCUGUUCAUUGAAUGUUUUUCCUUCAGUUUCUUUAAGUCUAACUUGCCUUUUGUCAUAUUUUAAUGUAUUUAUUUGAUAUAA